GCCCCACCUAGGGCUAGGGCGGUGGCCACAGCAGUGACGGGCAGACAGAGCCAGGAGCCUGGGAAGGAAGCAGGAUGGCAGCGGCGGGAGCCUGGGUGCUGGUCCUCAGUCUGUGGGGAGCAGCAGUAGGCAACCGAAACAUCACAGCCCGGAUUGGGAAGCCACUGGUGCUGAACUGUAGGGGGGCCCCCAAGAAACCACCCCAACAGCUGGAAUGGAAACUGAACACAGGUCGGACAGAAGCUUGGAAGGUCCUGUCUCCCCAGGGAGGCCCCUGGGAUAGCGUAGCUCGAGUGCUCCCCAAUGGCUCCCUCCUCCUGCCGGCAGUAGGGAUCCAGGAUGAGGGGACUUUCCGGUGCCGGGCAACAAGCAGGAAUGGAAAGGAGACGAGGUCUGCCUACCAAGUCCGAGUCUACCAGAUUCCGGGGAAGCCAGAAAUUGUCGAUCCUGCCUCUGAACUCAUGGCUGGUGUCCCCAAUAAGGUGGGGACAUGUGUGUCCGAGGGGGGCUAUCCUGCAGGGACUCUUAAUUGGCACUCAGACGGGAAACCCCUCAUACCUGAUGGCAAAGGAGUGUCUGUGCAGGAAGAGACCAGGAGACACCCUGAGACAGGGCUUUUCACACUCCAGUCGGAGUUAAUGGUGACCCCAGCCUGGGGAGGAGCUCUCCACCCCACCUUCUCUUGUAGCUUCAGCCCUGGACUUCCCCCGCGUCGAGCCCUACACACGGCCCCCAUCCAGCUCAGAGUCUGGGAGCCUGUGCCUCCAGAGGUCCAAGUGAUGGUACAGCCAGAAGGUGGGAAAGUAGUUCCCGGUGGUACCGUGACCCUGACCUGUGAAACCCCUACCCAGUCCUCCCUUCAAAUCCACUGGAUCAAGGAUGGCAUGCCCCUGCACCUUCCCCCCAGCCCUGUGCUGCUCCUGCAUGAGGUGCAGCGUGAGGACCAGGGAACCUACAGCUGCGUCGCCACCCAUCCCAGUCAUGGGCCGCAGGAAAGCCCUGCUGUCCGUGUCGUCAUCGAAGCAGAGGAGGGGCCGAUCGCAGGCUCUGUGGAAGGGCAGGAACUGGGAACUGUAGCCCUCGUCCUGGGGAUCCUGGGAGGCCUGGGGCUAGCCGUCCUGCUCACUGGGGCCAUCAUGUGGCGCAGACAGCGACGUCGUCGAAGAGAGAAGAGGAAGGCCCCAGAAAACCAGGAGGAGGAGGAGGAGCGCGCAGAGCUGAAUCAGCCAGAGGAGCCAGAAGCAGCUGAGAGCGGUGCGGCAGGGCCUUGAGGGGCGCACAGCUAGACCCCAUCU